GUCUGUGCAGACGAGUGCAGACGCAGAGCAAAACCUGCUAGGCACCCGAGAAAGUGCGAGAAAGUGAGAGAAAGCGCGAGAAAAAUGGCCGGGAGAUUGAGCCACGUGGCGUCGCGGAUCAUGGGCGGCAACGGCGUCGUCGCCCGCUCCGCCGCUUCCUCCCUCCGCCUCCGCGCCGGCAUGGGCCUCCCCGUCGGCAAGCACAUCGUCCCCGACAAGCCCUUGCACGUGAACGACGAGCUCGUUUGGGACAACGGGACCGCGUUCCCCGAGCCCUGCAUCGAUCGCAUCGCGGAUACCGUCGGAAAGUACGAAGCAUUGGCUUGGCUUUGUGGAGGGCUGGGGUUCUUCGCGUCUUUGGGGCUUUUGGCUGUGUGGAAUGAUAAGGCGUCGAAGAUCCCAUUCGCGCCAAAAGUAUAUCCAUAUGACAACUUACGGGUGGAGCUUGGUGGUGAACCAUAGAGAGGCUGCAGUUUGUUGAUCUCAAAACUUCUACUUUUUCAUGUGUGCUAUACUCUGCCUCUUCUGCGGUUGGUAAUUUGCAAUAAUAAUCGAUCAACUGUUCUUGUUCUCUUUUCCAUGAAAGCAAUAUGGUGUUCAGCUGCUGCAUCAGUAGAGAGAUAUGCUGGAAUUUAUUACAACUUAUAUGUCUUUUUCAUUCCAUCAAAAUCGAUUUUAAGUUAUGAGUUGUUUCGGUUGUAUGUCACAAGGUCCCUAUGGACAAGGGAAUGAGUGAAUCAUUGCUUUUGGGCGCAGGCAGUCUUUUAGCAUCCAAA